AGUGGCUGAUGUAGAGAUUUUACGGAGGACACCGACGGUGAUCUAUUAGUUCGGUGGUUGAAAGCUGUUGCACGAAUGAAGACGCUUCGAUUUAUGAUGCUGCGAUAUGCUAACCAUUUUCGUUUGGUUAAAGUCGAGGGCAACCUUCGGGUGUCCCUCCGCCUCCAGCUUGAGCUGGACUGAAAGAAAAGGAAGAGGGAAAGGAACGAGUUCUUCAGUGCCUGUGCACAGUCUAGUUCAAGACUCACGAUGAUAGUGAACGUCCCGUGAAGAUUCCUCCGGCCGGGCUGCCCUUCUCUGCCUAAACAAGAAAACUAGUGUCACCGAGCGUUGUGGACCGACCACCGUUUGCACAGGUCGCGGAACCUCUACAGAUCAAUCUAAUUGAGUGCUUUUCACCACAUUCUCCACGCUAACAUGACGACGAAGAGUGUAAAAACGAAAUUAGUCCCGCCGGAUGGAGGAUGGGGAUGGGUCGUCCUUUCUUCAGCUCUUGUCGUGAACCUCCUUAUUCCGGGUACCGUGAAAUCGUUUGGUGUCCUCUUCGUCGAAUUUCUUCACGUUUUCAAAUCCACUUCUACCGCCGCCUCAUGGAUGCCAGCUUUAUGCUACUUUUUAUACAACUCUUUAGGUCCACUAUCCAGCAUUUUAUCAACUAGGUACUCCUACAAAACAGUGACCAUCAUCGGCGGCGCGUUUGCAGCUAGCGGGAUGAUGCUGAGUUACUUUGCUAAUUCAGUUUCCUAUUUAUACGUUAGCUAUGGCUUGAUGGUUGGAAUUGGUGCUGGACUAACAUUUCCACCAACAGUGUAUAUUGUAACUUCAUAUUUUGAAAGGCUUCGAGGUUUCGCAAAUGGCUUGUGCAUCUCUGGUAGUGCAAUUGGAACUAUCGUGUUACCACCUUUUCUACAGUAUCUUCUUGACUGUUUUGGAUAUAGAGGUGCAGUAUUAAUCAUGGGUGCACUCACAUUAAAUACAUUGGUAUGUGGUUUACUAUACCAUCCUGUUGAACAACACAUGAUCAUGGUACCAGUAGAAGGAGGAAUUGAUAAUCAAGGAUUAACUAUAGAUGAACCAGUCCCCCAUAAAAAAAAACUAACAGAUCUUUUCAAAGCAUCCAGCACGAUUGAGAAUGAAACAUCAUGCAGCAAUACAAGAUCAAAGAAAGAAGAAAGUUCUGAAACUGAAAAUAUAAUGAAUAACUCUAAAGUAAAUCCUUGUUUGAAAGAUAAGAAUGAGGAUAAAAGCGAUGAAGCAAAGAAAAAAAAUACUUUCGAAAAAGGUCCUAGUUUGAACAAAGAGAAAGAAGAUACUGUAAAUUGUCAAAACGUGGAUUCUUUACGAAGAGAAAGUAAUACUUCUGAAGUUCUUGUAACUUCCAAUAAAUUAAAAAAUGAAAAGCUAGAGUUGAAUAACACAUCGUUGAGUAAGAACAGAGACGAGAAGUUGUUUGAAAGUUCGAAAAGAGAACUAGGAGAAUUGUCAGAAAAAUCAAUAUCUGGAACAUCGUUGACUAAAGUUGAAGUAAAAAAUAAACGACAAUUCUUUGACUUGAGUGUACUUAGAGAUCCAAUUUAUUUAGUAAUUCUCAUUUCAAACUCUACCUCAGCUAUCAGCAAUACCAAUUUUAUGAUCUUACUGCCUUCAUAUGCUAUUUCACAAGGAUUUGAUAAGAAUUCUUCAGCAUUACUUUUAUCAAUUGUUUCUGCUCUUGAUUUAGUUGGGCGAAUCAGUGGUGCUUCAUUAUCAGAUAUCGACUUUGUGCCAAAGUAUUAUUAUUUCGUUGGUGGCCUGGGUACUAGUGGAAUAGCUUUGGCAUUAUUACCUAUGGCAACAAGUUAUACAAUGCUUUCUUUCUUUUGUGCAUUGUUUGGAUUGUCUUCAGGCAUGUACAUUGGUAUCACAACGGUAAUUUUAGCAGAUAUGCUUGGCACAGAAAAACUUAGCUCAUCAUAUGGGAUAUCUUUAUUUGUUAAUGGAGUUCUUCAAUUAAUUGGUCCACCUAUAUGUGGCGUUAUAUUUGAAACAAUAGGAUCAUAUAAACCCAUAUUUCUAGCAUUUGGUAUUAUACUUAUUCUUGGCACUGCAUUAUGGGCAGCUGUACCUCUUAUAAAGAGGAGCAACAAAAAAUCUUUACAAGUUGUAUAAUAUUUCAUAAUUACUAGUUUCUAUAAUGAAUAUUGCACAAGUUUAAAAAUUAUAAGGUAUUAUAGACUUGUUAAUAACAGCAUUAUAACUGCCAUUUAAACCAUACAGUUUUUUUUUAGAAAAUUUUCCAUUUUUAAUCAUUUAAAGUUGCAAGUUAGUCUUUUUAUUCACGGAUCUAUAGUAAUACAUCAUUAAUAUUAUUAUCAUUUCGAAUACUGAUACUGAUCUAAUUUUAUUUGUGUAUAUUGAUAUACUUAAUAACUUAUAGUUUAAUUAUCAGUGAGUUUACUAUAGUUUUAUUUAGUUAUAAUAAGGAAUUAUUUUACUGUUAUGGUUGUAAAUGGGCAUAUAUGCAGUCAUAUUUGAUGUUAAUAAUGAAAUUAUAUGGACAAGAUAAGAGUAGAAAUAAGAAUAUAUUAACCCUACGUUUACGUAUUAAUAUAAAAUUUAUUAUAUGAUUUAAAAUUUUAAGUCAUGAUUACAUAUCAAUCGUACUGUAUACAAUUCCAAAACAAACAAUUAUAGCAACAAGGAUAUUUUAAUAUAAUCGGUAUAGUAAUGCACAAACGUAACUUUAUUAUGAUAUCAUUAAAGUUUAACAUCUCAAGUUUACCAGCCAUUAAUGAAAUUGAAUCAUUAUGAUUUUCUAAUAGUUAAAUAAUGCUUGAUAACUUUUGCUAAAAUUGGCAAAAAGAUUAAUAUUAUGUUUAAAUAAAGAAAAAAAUAAAAAUGACUUUACUAUUUGUGAGAAAGCUUUUUAGGAAUUUAUAAUUAUACCAAAGCAUUCUUUUGUAUACUAUUAUCAAUUUUCAAUGAUUUCUUGGUGCUUAAACUUGUUGGUAUACUAAUUUCGUCCAAUAUUAUAGUACAAUCUAUAUACAAUGUAUUACUGAGUUACAUAUGUCUUUCCAGAAAUAUCAUAUAUUAAUACAUGUUAAGUAGAAUUGUUAUUGUGCAAUACUUUUACUAUUACUGAAAUUUUUCUAGCUAGUUUCAAUAUAUUUUUAUAUACUUCAUUAACUGUAAAGAGAUAUGAUACUUUAAGUAGGCUACUUUAAGACAUUUUUGAAAGUUUCCUGUGAAGAAAUGUAUAUAUAGUUAUUGAUAUUUUAGCUACGUAAAAGUAAAAAUUAUGAUCCAUUACUAUUAAUAUCAUAGAUAAUCAGAGAUUACAUAUCAUAGCUGUAUCGUCCAUCACACUUUGUCUGAAAAUUCUUUCAAAAUGAUGGUACUAAUUAAGCACAAUUUACAAUUAAUCAGCAGAAAUGAUUAAAUGUAGAUUUAUCUUAAUCCUUGCACAUAUAGUUACUUUUUUACACAAUAUGGUGCUAAUUAAUAAUAUGAAAUUUGCUAUUUAAAACUUGCGACUUCUAUAAGCUGUAAAAAGUAAGACUUGUAAUAUUGAUCCAAUAGUAGAUUUGUCAAUUUUUUAAAUUUGGCUAAAAUUCACUACUUCCAAAAUAUGUUUUUAAAACACUAAAUGUGUAAAAAAUGUAAAAAUUCCAAAGUUGACAUUUUUUCGGUCUUUAAAAGUAGAACAUUCACUUAAAUAAAUAAGUCACCUUUUAUAAAUGAUCUGAAUUUUUGGAUAGAUCACACAAACAUAAAGGUCUUCAAAAUUCGAAUACUGUACAAGUUUUAUUUUUCAAGAAAUAUUAAUUCAAUACAAACUGUAAUAGUUCUAAUUCCAAUUUUAGUACUAAAUAUAUUAAAGAAACAAAGACAAUGAUAUAAAUAAAUUGUUAUAUUAUUUAUGUCAUUGUUUACAUCAUGAAAAGUAUUGUAUUACUAGACUUAUUAGAGAAUCUUUUUACUAGGAGAGAUUAAAAAUUACUAGGUUCUGUUUAUUAUAUGUGCAUAGAAAAUUUUAAUUAUAUAUUUAUACCAAAUACUCAGCUGUUUCUAUUUAUAUUAGUUAUAGAUUUUUCCAUGUAUUACAAUAUCAUUAAUCACUGAUGAUCUGGAUUUCUGUGCACAUACUCUCUGGUAAAAAUUUCUUCAUUUUUGUACAAACGUGAUGCGUCAAUAUGCAUUCAAUUUUUUAGUUCAAGUUUUUAUUUGAAUACUGGUUAAUAUUUUAAGGAACAAAAAGUCAUCUAUGUAUUGCAGUAUAUAUAAUUACUAUAGUUUUUUUUUAGAGUGAAUUGAACAAGAUUUUUGUAUUGUAGAGAAAAUUUCUGAUUUUUGUAAUGAUAUUAAGAAUGAAUGCGAAUGAUUAAGUGUUACAAAUGUAAUUUUUAUAUCUGAGUAGCAUUUAUUUAAAAUAAUUUGUAAAAUAAUCAGACAUUAUGAUUACAAAUAAGAACAAUGGAAUGUAGCAAGAAAAAGUAAGAAAAAUAAGAAAGUAUUAUCAAAUGUAUUUUCUACUGAAAAUAAAGAGAAUUAUGUCUGUA